AUGAAGGAGACCAGGCCCUCAACCGAUGACAAGGCUGGAUUAAGAAUUGACGAGGCUGCUGCUUCUGGCCCUUCACGUGCUCCUGCACCUGGUUCUCCUCCAUUACCUGCCGGGCCUCCCAGUGGAAGAAAGAAAUCGAAGAAUUUAAGGGUGAAGUUAUCGGUUGUUGGUGCUGCCGUAGCGACUGUUCUAGCAGCUCUUGCAGUACUUUUCUGGUGUUGCAAAUUGCGAAAUAGAAAAGGUAACCUUAGAAAAUUCAUGGGUCCAGAAAGGCCAGAUCUUGAUGACAAAGGCGAUGAUGAAUCACUGUUCUUCAGUUUCACAAGCAUAGAAGUUGCCACAGAUUAUUUUUCUGAUGAAAACAAACUUGGUCAAGGAGGAUUUGGUCCUGUCUUCAAGGGUAAACUGGUCAACGGGCUAGAGGUUGCAGUUAAAAGAUUGAAUAGAAUGUCAGGACAUGGAAUUGAACAAUUCAAGAAUGAAGUCAAAGUGAUCUCAAAGCUGCAACAUCGAAACCUUGUUAGACUUUUGGGCUCCUGCAUUGAGAAAGAAGAGCGUUUAUUGGUAUACGAGUACUUGCCUAAUAACAGUCUAGAUUCAGUACUUUUUGAUGCAGCAAAGCGGAAUAUAUUGGAUUGGAAAGGAAGGUUGAAAAUCAUUGAAGGGGUCGGUCAGGGGCUUUUGUACCUCCACAAGUAUUCUAGACUGAAAAUCAUCCAUAGAGAUCUAAAAACGAGCAAUGUUUUAUUGGAUGCGGACUUGAAUCCCAAAAUUUCGGAUUUUGGAACCGCCAGAAUUUUUGGAGAGAAUGAAAUGCGCGGAAGUACAAUGAACAUUGUGGGGACAUAG